UUUCUCAGCUGUCUUUGUUAUUGUUCGAUUUUGUAAACAAAUCGCCCCCGGGAACGAACAGAAAAUAGUCCACGAAACUAAUUUUACGCUUGCAGCAUAAACCAUACACACACGCUACCCGUUUAAAUGUAUAAAUUUCUUUCCAAAGCACUCGGCAUCUGUGGAUACAUCGUGCAGUAUGGCUGCAUUACCCACUGCACCUUCGAGUACCUGGGCGAUUUCGUUGUGUGCGUUGGCCCCUCGAUGGAACCGACUCUGAUGACGAACAACGUGCUGAUAACUGACCGCAUUACCCCACGCCUCGCCAAACUGCAGCGAGGCGAUAUUAUCAUCACCAAAAGCCCCACCAAACCGGUGCAGCACGUGUGCAAGCGCAUCAUCGGCAUGCCGGGCGAUCGGAUCAUGACACGGGCAUCGUUCAACCUGAACCCGCUCUCGAACACCUACACCAUCUACACCUCGGUGCUUGCGAACGACAGUGGCAGCGAGCUGGAGCUGGACGCAGAUGGACACCUGCCGAGGGCGAAAGCGCAACAGCACUACGAGGCGAUGGUCAAGCUGCGGGAAAAGGUUGACUACGUUAGCCACUCGGUGGAGGAAGCGCAAGCGAAGCAGCAGCAGCAGGACGGUACGGGACGCGUGGCCAUGAGCGGUGAAGGACGAGGGGUGGAUAUACUGCCGGAGGAGGACAGCCAUCCGGAACCGAGAACGAGCAUUGUUAUUGUGCCGCGGGGACACUUGUGGAUCGAGGGCGACAAUGUGCAGAAUAGUUCCGACUCGCGCAACUACGGCCCGGUGCCGAUUGGGCUGGUAAAGAGCCGAGCCGUCUGCCGUCUGUGGCCUUUGAGCGAGUUUAAGCUGUUUAUUUGAGGGAGAGAGAGAGAGAGCGACAAAGCUAACCCAGUGAUGAUUGUUCUGCUAUGAGAUAUUAGAUUAAAUGUUAAGUUAGUAAAAUAUUGAGAGAGAGAGAAAAAAGAAA